AUGCUCAACGCUCGCAACGAUUGGAUCGACUGGUACAAUUCCAUUGAAGAUCUUGCCAAGCGCAACGAGGUGUGGAAGUACUGCGAUCCACUGGGCAUCGAGAACCUCGUCUUCACCUCAACGAAACCAUCAGACUCAGCAAGUAAGGACACUAUCCAGAAGUUCCAAAGCUUGCAGAGCAUCUUCGACUCUGAGAAGAAGAAGUACGACAAGCUUGCCGCGCUCUCAGACAGCAUUCAGCCGAACGCGAAAGACCAAAGGCAAGACAUCCGAACUGAGUUUGAAAGGCUCAGAAAAGGACCAGGUAACACAAGCCUGGAUAGGUGGCUUGGCCGAUGGCCUGCUCUCGUAAACAGUGCCAAAAGGUACACGAUCGAGAACCUCAGCGAACCGCAAAUAUGUGAAGCUUUCGUUGAAGCAUGUCGAGAUAUCAAUCCGCCAUUCUACAACUACAUGAAGUCGAAGGAUGCACAAACCGAGAGCCAAGCGUCGGUGAUCAACCAAACUGAAACGGCGCUGAGAAGCAUCUCCGAUGCACUAAUCACGGCACUGAACACGAUCAGUCCAGAACAUGCGAGCCACGGCCUCAUCACGGAUCACGAUAAGCUUCUGUAUCAAGCAGUACCGCAGCAUGGCACCUCCGAGCGAGAAGAUCGCCAGGGGUCGCGCAGCUCACGCUACGCUUCAGGGCAGAAAGCACGGUCGUGA